AUGACUGCCCUGACUGUUCCCCCUUUUUUCAGACUCAACGAACUGCGUCGCGACCUUCAGGCCCGCCUACAUCUCGGCAAUGACCGCGAACUGGUGUCUGACAGGAUCCUGCUCUCCCAGGAGGUUGCCAUAAACAUGCUCGAUGACGUCCGGCAGUCGGCCAAACGGUGCAUGAUUGUGAGUCCCUUUGCCCCGGGAUGGGCAAUCUUUUUUUACUGCCACAAGCGCUACAACUGCUAUACGGUGACUGAAAAAGCCGGCCGGUCCGCCUACCCCUGUCGCACAGGACCUGCCGCUUAA